CCAGGACGCCUGAGCGUUUCCGGAGCUGUUUAUUGCCGCACAGCAAGGCGCACGCUGUCUUAAGAUAAAAGCCUCCUGAUCAACACCUAAAACUGCAUCGGAAUUUAAAGGACGUCCUUCAAGGGAUCCAACUGUCAGAGAAGAUUUAGAUUAUUACAUGAAAACUGCUCCUGACUGGGAAUGCGGAUGUAAACAACAGCUGGAAAUUUGCUCCCGCUCUACAAACUAGAAUGUCGACCCUCUGCCCUGCUGCUGCUGCAGGAAUCUGUGGACCGGGGAUUUUUGGAAAGGAUAUUUCUGAAGAGGAAAUACUUAAGAAUUUAUAGCUGCACUUUCACAAAAAUGUUUUUUGUGAUGAACAGCCAGUGGAUGACCCAGUCCGAGAGAGAGCUGGGACCCAGGCAAUUACCAUCUUCACCUUCUGUGUAAAAUCAAAAGCUUGAGCAGAAGCACAGCUUCUUCAACCCGUGGUUGUGAUGGGGUGAUUGUUGACAUCCCCAUUCGCCCAUCCUCCCUCUCUUACUGCAUUAGUGCCGCGAUUUAAAACAAUGGAUCAGAAUUUCUCAAUGGUAAGAGACAGCAAGCAGCUCACGCCAGAGAGAGACUCGUCUAAGCGUGUCCUCACAGGAUGCUUUCUUUCCCUGCUCAUCUUUACCACGCUGCUUGGCAACACCCUGGUGUGUGCUGCUGUUACCAAGUUCCGACACCUAAGGUCAAAGGUCACCAACUUCUUUGUAAUUUCGCUGGCCAUCUCAGACCUCCUGGUGGCUAUUUUGGUGAUGCCAUGGAAAGCGGCCACAGAGAUCAUGGGAUUUUGGCCAUUUGGGGCAUUUUGCAAUGUCUGGGUAGCAUUUGACAUUAUGUGUUCCACUGCCUCCAUCUUGAACCUGUGUGUCAUUAGUGUUGAUCGCUACUGGGCGAUCUCUAGUCCGUUCCGUUAUGAACGCAAAAUGACCCCUAAGGUGGCGUGCCUGAUGAUCAGUGUAGCAUGGACCUUGUCUGUACUCAUUUCUUUUAUUCCUGUUCAGCUAGACUGGCACAAAGCUGAGACCACCAGUUAUGCAGAGCUAAAUGGGACAUACCCCAGUGAUCUGCCUCCUGAUAACUGUGACUCUAGCCUUAAUAGGACUUAUGCUAUCUCCUCCUCUCUCAUCAGCUUUUAUAUCCCUGUAGCCAUCAUGCUCGUCACCUAUACCCGGAUCUACCGCAUUGCCCAGAAACAGAUUAGAAGAAUAUCUGCCCUGGAACGUGCAGCGGAGAGUGCCAAAAACCGACAUAGCAGUAUGGGGAACAACUCAAAUAUUGAGAGCGAGAGCUCAUUCAAAAUGUCUUUUAAACGAGAAACCAAAGUCUUAAAGACGCUCUCUGUCAUCAUGGGUGUGUUUGUAUGCUGCUGGUUGCCCUUCUUUAUCCUGAACUGCAUGGUUCCUUUUUGCGAACCAAACCUGCCAGAUGGGUCCACAGAGUUCUUCUGCAUCAGCUCCACAACUUUUGAUGUGUUUGUGUGGUUUGGCUGGGCAAACUCCUCCCUCAAUCCCAUCAUCUAUGCCUUCAACGCAGACUUCCGCAAGGCCUUCUCCAUCCUCCUUGGCUGCCAUCGGCUGUGCCCAGGGAGCAAUGCUAUUGAGAUCGUCAGCAUUAACAACAACAUGGCUGCCCAUGCGCCCAACCCUAACUCUCAGUAUCAGCCUAAGAGCCACAUCCCCAAGGAAGGGAACAACUCUGCAAGCUAUAUGAUUCCCCACAGCAUCCAGUGUCAGGAGGAUGAAUUACAAAGGAAAGAUGGAUGUGGAGGGGAGAUUGAGAUGGGGGCAAACAACACCCUGGCGAAACCAUCCCCAGCCAUUUCUGGGAAUUUAGACAGUGAUACUGAGGUCACACUGGAAAAGAUCAAUCCCAUCACACAGAACGGGCAACACAAAGCUUUGUCAAGUUAAAGACACCUUGUAAAGAUGGAUCAAAAUUCAAUGAGACAAAAGCUCACACAUGAGGAUAGUUUAACACACAAAAGGACAAGGAUCUCCAAGAAUAUGCCUGACAGAAAAAAAAAAAAAACAAAUGACAAGACUCCAGACUGUCAACAAAAAUCUACAUAGAUAACCUACAGAAUGUUCAAAUGUAAAGGCACUUUAUCUUGGGUAUAACUAUCUGCAAAAUAAUUUCAGUAUUUGUGGAUGAAAUCCUUAUAUUUGGUUCUAAAUGUUGUUUAUGUGUACAUUAAAGCAGAAAAAAAACAAUGCAUAUGCAUACAUCUUUAUUAUAUCUCCUAGGAUGUAUACAUCUGCAUGCGUGUGCUGUACAGUUCAGCAUUAAAAUGGAACUCUGGCGGGAUGUAAACACACUUUGGUCAGCAGAGGAAAAAAUGUAGUACUAGUGAAAUAUCAUGUAGGUAGGUGCUUUGUAGGUGUUACAUUAAGGAAAGAGCAAUGUGGAAAAACAAGUGCAGUACAUUUUUUACACCAUUUUAUUUUAAAAUAAAGAUGAAAUUUCUGUAAACACUAAGGCAACUUUGUCUAAGUCAAGCCUAAAUAAGAUUGGUUAGCCUUAUCUUUAGUUUAAGAUGCUGAUGUUAAAUCAUCCAGAUAGACAGAGAAAGAGAAAGAAUGGAAAAUUUAGAAAUGACUGAUAUGGUUUGUAAUCAGUCCCCUUUAUCCUUUCUCUUAUCAAAUCAGAGCCAAAUGGAAUUGAACAAAACAUCUCACCCCGCUCGUUUUUUUCUCUCCUCUAUCCUUCUUUUAUUGCCCGCCCUCCCAUUAAGCAGAGUCAUUCAGUGUGUUCUUAUCCUCAUUUUCCUACUCUUGUUUACACAAUCUACAAAUCCCAUUCUCUUUUACCACCCCCUAUCUCUCACUCCUCGCCUACUCCUACAUUAUCCUCUUUUAAUAUUUGUGUUCCUGUCUGCGCUCUCUUCACAAUCUUCUUUGGCAGCCCUUAUUUUUAGGUACUUCCUUUGACAACUCAUACAGGUUCUAAUGAUGCCAAAUAUUUUUGCUUACAUUUAAAAAAAAUGCAGUCAUAAAGAGAAAUCAGGGAUGCAGGUUCACUGAGCUAAAGCACAGUUGACACUUGGUGACCUUUUGCAAACUUGCAGAUAUCAGAUUUGUAAAUUGCUCACGCUGGGCACCAUACUGCGCUGUAGAGGCGAUGUGGAGCACGCAGUGUGAUAGAGUUGCUCCGUUUUGUAGAGGUGGAGUCACAGACAACACACCAGGAUGUGGAUCGGCUCAUAGCUGUCGGACAUGUUUUGUGUCUUUGCACAGAUGCACUUUGAAAACAAAACAAUACGAUUAUGACUAAUUAGGAGUAAAUUGGUAAAUUUCAAAGUAGAAGGCCUUUAAGUGUUAUCAUAGAAUUUUCCAGCUGCUGCUAAUCAGGAUACAGCUGCCUUAGCAAUGGUUGGCAUUGCGGCUUUAUUUCAGUGGUUUUAAUCAGAUGUAUUGCUUCCUCAGAAACCUGAUUUUGCAUUGUCCAUAUUAUGGCUACAAUCCAAACUAGAUAUUUUUUUACUUGUGAUUUUCCUUUAAACAAAAAAUUUGCUGUCACAACUUUAAUGUAUUUAUUUUGUAUUAGAUUAUCAACAACAGCUUUGUGGUCAUGUCUCACUUUGCUCUAUUGUCUUCUUUAUUGAUGAAGUUCAGGGUAAUUUUAACCAACUGUAGUUUACAUCUAAUU